CUUCACUCUCCGGUCGUUUGGCGGUGCAUCGAUAAUACUCCACUCCUCUUCUCUCUUUUUUGUUUGUAUUCUUAUGCAGUACAGGACUUUGCUACGAGUGUUUUAAUGUCACGUCGCGUAAGACGCUUAACGAAAUGGAGCCAUCAAACAGACUCCGUUGGGACCAAUUCCUGAUUUUGGCAGCAGCACUUAUGUCACCUGCAUUAACGGUGCUGUGUAAUGAUAUCCUCAGCCUGAGGGUGGCAGGAGAUCCAGUGCUAACCCCUAAUUCAGUGUGCCUGAGGCUGGCAGGCCUCAGCAAACGUCAGAUGCGGAUGUGUGUGCGAAGCCCCGAUGUGACAGCCUCGGCUCUGCAGGGUAUCCAGGUGGCCAUCCACGAAUGCCAGCAUCAGCUCAGAGAUCAACGCUGGAACUGCUCUUCGCUCGAGGGCCUUGGCAAGCUUCCCCACCACAACACCAUCCUCAACAGGGGUUUUCGCGAGAGUGCCUUCUCUGUGGCAUUGAUGGCAGCGGGUGUGGCUCACUCUGUGGCCUCGGCGUGCAGCAUGGGCAAGCUAGGGGGGUGUGGCUGUGAGGCCAAGCGUCGCCAGGACGACGAGAAGAUCAGGCUGAAACUCACACAGCUGCAGCUGCAGACCCUGCAGAAGGGUGGGGUAGGCCUCGGCAUGACCCGAACGUUACCCUCCGAGCUAAACGGUCACCAUGGCGACCUGCCCGCUUACCUGCGCUCCACCCAUCCCUCUGCCCUUCUCAAGCCAUUGCCAGAUGAGUUAACCUCCGUGCAGGAGACGUGGGAGUGGGGGGGCUGCCGUCAUGACGUCAAUGUCGGGGACCGUUUUUCCAGGGACUGGCUCGACUCCCGCGGAUCUCCAAGAGACAUUCACGCCCGCAUGAGGAUACAUAACAACCGAGUUGGACGGCAGAUCGUGACUGACAACAUGAAGAGGAAGUGCAAAUGCCACGGCACAUCGGGGAGCUGUCAGUUUAAGACCUGCUGGCAUGUGUCUCCCGAGUUCCGGCUUGUGGGUUCUCUGCUCAAGGAAAAGUUCCUGUCAGCCAUCUUCGUCAACUCCCAGAACAAGAACAACGGGGUUUUCAACCCUCGGACAGGAAACGGCGCCGGCAGGAGCGCAGCGGGACUCCACGGAGGGCGCCGUCGAACCAUGUCGAGGGAGCUUGUGUUCUUUGACAAGUCUCCUGACUUCUGCGAGCGCGACGCGUCCGUGGACUCUCCGGGUACUCAAGGACGCAUCUGCAACAAAACCAGCCACGGCACCGACAGCUGCGGCGCGCUGUGUUGUGGCCGUGGACACAACAUCCUAAAACAGACACGCAGCGAGCGCUGCAAUUGCAGAUUCCACUGGUGUUGCUACGUGCUGUGUGAGGAGUGUCGUCUCACGGAGUGGGUCAACGUGUGCAAGUAAAUUCCAGUUCUCCCAGUCGCGUCUGCCUUUACCACAUCCAGAACUCAAGAUGGCCAGCCUGAUCCCUCGGCCCACUCCCUUUGUUUGAGCUUUUGUUUUUGCUCGUCGUGUAGCUCUCCCAGAGAAUCUGUUUACCCCCCCCCCCCCCCCCACCCCUGCUCCUUCUUUUUGGUCCAUCAUCUGGGAUAUAUUUGCUCUUUGUAGCCGCUGUUAUUCUCGAAAAUGCCAAGUCAGAGAUUGAAGAGGUGACUCAUGUCAUUUGUCUCGCCGUGGGCUGUUUAGAGGCUGUCCUCUCAGUCAUGAAAACAGGCUGUAACCUGUUCUUUCACGCAAAACAAAGACAAGCAGAGGAUCGUUUCCAUGCCAACAUCUCAUUGUACAGUAGUUGUGUAUUUGAAUGUUUACAUGUAUAUUUGUAAAUUAUUUUUAAUAUUAUCAUUGUGUUGAAGUCUUUUUUUGUUCUGGUUACUGACAGACUGGUGCGGGGUGAGUGGCAAAGGAUGGUGAACCAGGGCUGUCAGACAAAAAGGUCCCAUCACAAUUUACAACAUUUAACCAUUUAACUCCUUUAAUGAUCUCCGAGACAUAUACUCCAUUUUUAUAUUUUGCACCUGUGACUCCGACAAGGAUCAUUAUUUGGAGGUCCGUCAAAAAACAUUUCUAGACCAGGCUUUUAUUAAUAUGAGAAAACAAGAUAAAGGACAAUGGUUUCUUUUUAAGAAAUGAUAUAUUUGAACCGGGAACUCAAAAGCUUUUUCAAAUUCUGUCCCUCCUGCUGAAUAACUUCCUCCUGAUGUAUUUACACCAUCUCAACAAUAGUAAGAACUUCAUGAGUGGUCGCUUGUGUUCAUGUCUUUCAUGAACGUGUGUCCCUUUUCCCAUGAGAUCACGACUGGGCUUUUGUUAUUCCGUGCCUGCCUUUGUCGGUUUCAUCGGUCCGAGCACUCCUUAGAUUAUUCCCACAUGCAGUACAUGUCAAAGUGAGGGAUGGACCUGCUUCAGUCUUGAACGGAUGCUGAAGGGUGUGUGUGUCUCUCGCUGUGUCAUUUUUGGGGGGGUAAGUCCUACUACAGAAUUGGGAGGUGAGAGCCCUUUUAUGGUCACUUCAUGCGGAGAGAAGGCCUUUUUAUAGCUGCAGGAUAUUGUUUCUUCAAAGUAUGACUUUUAUUACUGGAGAAAAGCAUCGACCGAGAGAGUGGGGCUGAUUGCACCAGACUUUUCUUUGUGAUCAUCGGAGGGGAUCAUCUGUACAGAGUUCAUAAGCAAGGAAGGGACGUUGUGUCCCUGUUACCCGGAAGACAGACUUCACAAAUAUAACCACUGGCACGUAAACGAAUGCAUGCGUUUAUGUAAAAAGACACUUGCAUUUAGGAACACAAGCACUGACGCACAAUCAAAAACAUGCGUGAUGAUGCAGACAUGAACUGUCGGACCCGAAUGAUUUGCCAUUUUAUUCUCGUUAUGCUGCAGAUUUAGCAAAACUCUCAUGUCAACUCAGACUGAAUUUAUGAUUGCAGCAUUCUUAGAUAUCUCAGAUGAUCCAAACUCCAUGCUCUGUCCGCCAUAUAAGAUUUAAUGGCAAUUAAGUGUCGGUUGUAUGGACUCCUGAGGAAUGGCAGUGGCUGAAUCGACUGUCUGUUUGGUAUUUAGUGGGGGAAUAGAAGAGAGACAGUGACUUGUAUGGAAUGAUAAGGUAAUGGCUUUCUGGUUUGCAUUUCUUCUUUCCUUUAUCAUUUCACCCUGGAGCGGCUAAGAAAAGGGAAUUUCCUGUCACUGUUGUUCCCAUGUGUCAGACAGAGGUUGUUGGACAGUCUGGGAUUGGUUUCUCUUUUUCCCCCUUUCCCAUUCUCCCCCUCAUCACUGCAGACAUAGACACAUGCACAGCAACACAUUGAAUGCCCCCCAGAGUAAUGACAACCAGACUGGGCUGAAAUUAAAGAGAGGGAGAAAGAGAGAGGAAGUCGGGAGAUAAAAGUUACCCAUUUUGAUUGACAGGAUGAUUAUAUAUAUAAAGUAAGGCGAUUUAGUGUGUUUAGUUGGAUAUAAAGAUUGGGAGAUAUAUGCGCGCUGUACGUAUGGCAAAGAUGCAAAAGCAAAGGACAAAUGGGAUAUGGAGAAUGGGGUGAAUAAAGUGUACUCUGUAUAAAUACAGGCCUCAAAACAUCUGCUUCUUAACUCCCCUUUCGUUUUUGAUGUGGGACCAGAAGAGAAGGAGAGCGGGAGGAAAAACACAAGGAGCCAGCUACCCAGAACAUCAAAGCCCCUGCCCUCAACGCGCAGGCCCUCAUUAGUUCAGCUAGCAGAACCGACGAGACUUGUGAUUGUGUUUGCUGGGGUGCACGCUGGCAUACACUUCAGAGAAAAGGCUCCUUUAAGUCAUAGUUCCCCACCCCACCUCUUCUGCCACUACCCGA